AUGGCAACCGCAGUCGUCACCGAAAACUUCAAGCCACAAGGCAAAGGUCAUACCAAGACUCAGUCACGAGUCCAGCUCGAAGGCCUUCGGGAUGCAUUGGGCACACAAAGCCUCGAGCAGUUGCGUGGCAUGAUCCGCACUUUGCCCGGACUUGUCAAAGAUGACGACAACCUACGACAAGAUGUCUUGAAUGCAGUCAAGCAAUUGCAGGCAGAAAUAGAGACGCCAUGGGACACGAUUCAGAGGAUUUUCCUGCUGAAUCCUUGGUACGGCGUAUCAGUCACCAUUGGCGUUAAUAUGGGGCUGUUCCGCACGCUCGUUGACUCUGCUUCGCCUCUCUCCGCUCGAGAAAUUGCCACCAAGUGCGAAGCCGAUCUCAACUUCACACAGCGCCUGCUACGCUGCUUGAACAGUUUCAAUGCUGUGAAGCAGUUCGAUACCUAUGGCGAGCUGGUGUACGCCCCAACAAACAUGACUCGCACGUUCACCACGCCGAUGGGCGAGGCGUGCCCACCAUUCAUCACAGAGUUCUUCCAUCCUGCCUGGCUCAAGUUCCCAGCCAAACUUCGUGGCAAUGGCUACAAGCCACCACCUUCCGGCACGGAGACCGUGUUCAACGACAUUUACAACAUGCCGGGGAAGCAUGUCUGGGACAUCCUCGCCACUACGCCUUACAUCGCCGAUGGUGGUGUCUUCAUGUCACAGUACAACGCUGCACACAAGCACUGGACCGACGUCUAUCCUGUCAAUCAGCGACUUGUCGAAGGCGCAGACAACGACCCGAACAGUGUCUUUAUGGUCGAUGUUGGUGGAUGGACUGGUUCCGUCGCCAUCAGCACUUGCGAGAAGUUCCCGGAAGCGCCGGGCAAAUUCAUGGUUCUUGACCUCCCUAGUGCCGUUGCAUCGGCUUCAUCGCUGCCACCUCGUGUGCACCCAUGUGCGCACGACUUCUUCAAGCCAUAUCCUGCCGAGGUGCAGGGAGCGCGAUUCUAUUUCAUGCGCUACAUCUCCCACGACUGGAAUCAAGAUGAUCUCGUCGCCAUCCUUACCAAUAUCAGGAAUGCCAUGAAACCUGGCUAUUCCAGGCUUCUCAUCAACGACUGGGUCGUCCCGGAAAAGGAUCCGCACCCUUUCAUGUGUAGUCAAGAUUUGACUAUGAUGCAUCUUGCAGGAGGCGAAGAACGAUCAGAGGCUCGGUUCCGCGAUGCAAUUGAGAGAGCAGGUUUGCAAUUGUCGAACAUAUUCAGACCUGGAGAUAAGAUUAGUGAGAGUGUGGUCGAAUGUCGAGUAGCAGGAGAGGAAGGCGUCGAUUCUGGUGACAAGACAGGGGUCAACGUGGAUGCUCUAGUUUAG